AACAUUGGUAUCAUAGUUGACCAUCCUACGUAGGUUACGCAUGACCAUGCAGUAUAACCACUGUUGUAUUGGGUUCAACAUAAAAUCAACAUAAGUAGCCCCUCAGAAAACUACAAACGAAAGUACAAAAAGGUUUACUUCCAGUUCACUUAAGGUUACAUGUCAAGAUAAAAUAAAAUCUGUUUGGUGAUGGCAGCACUAGCAAUUAAGCAACACAACACAACUGUUUUAGAGAACCUUGAAAAAGGAGAUUUAUUGGAGUUCAAAAGAGGAGUUUACUCACACUGGGCUGUGUAUGCUGGCGAUGAAAAAGUGAUUCACUUGGCAGGUGAAGAAAAUGAUGGUUUAAAUGCAAAUAUCAACUCUGCAAGUCUAUUCACAAUAUGUGGUCGACAGUUUAACAAGGCUUUUGUUAGAGUAGAUGACUUUUGGAAAGUUGUGAAUGACUGCAAAGUCUACAAAAAUAAUUCCAAAGAUAGGAAAAUGAGUCCUGCUACAGCUGAAGAAAUUGUGAAAAGAGGCCUUGAUAUGAUUGGUGAAAUUGGCUACAACCUUUUAUGGAGUAACUGUGAACAUUUCGCAUCAUACUGUAGAUAUGGAAAACCUAAAAGUGACCAGGUGGAUUCUUUUUUCACAUGGGCUGCUGUUAGUGGUGCUGUUGCAGCAGGUAUUCUUGCUGUAGCAGUUGGGAGCUCUAAAGAGAAGAAAAAGAAAGUGGAGGAAAGGUUGCAGACUGCAUAAAAACUUCAUGCUAAUUUUUUAGGAGCAAAGACAUGAACAUGCUAAAUUUUUAGGAAUGGUCGACAUGAAAAUACUAAAAUUUUUAGGGCCAGAGGCUUGAAAAUAUUAAUUUUUUAGGAUCAAAGGCAUGAAAUUACUAAAUUAGGAUGAAAAUAUGAAAAUACUAAAUUUUUUCAGUGCUGAAGGCAUGGAAAUAUAAAAAAAAUUGGGGCUUAAAGCAUAAAGUUAUUAAAAUUUUAUAUUGUGAAAAGUGUUAGCAAAAAUCAUUUCAUUUUCAUUAAAUAUAUCUGUGAAGUAAUCAGCAUGAUGAAGAAUGCAUUUUGACCGUCUUUAUUGCAUUGAUAAUUGCAUUUGUUACUAUAAAUCUCAAAUUAAGAUCUUAUGUUUUUUGAAUAAAGAGAUCUGAAUUCAAAUGUUAUAAUAGUGUAUUGUAGAAUUCUUAUAUAACUUGUAGCAUUUUACAAUUUUGAUAUGAUAUACUUCUUCUUUUACAUAUAACAUGUAAGUAUGAUGAUCUGUCAAAUCAUUUGUUGAAAAUUAUACACAAUCUGACUAAAGUUCAGAUCUACUUAAGUUAUUUCUUGCAUGUAGAUCUGAUUGCCACCAUAUAUGUAAUUUUUUCGCCUUCAUUUUGAUUCAGAUUUCCCGAGAAAGCUAUUUUAAGCCAUGCAAGCAAACUGUCAUUUACGGAACAGGCAUUAGAUGAAGUAUCAUAGUCUUGUUGUUCAUGGAAGUAGAACAAAUCGUUAAUGUUAAUUUGAUAAGAAAAAUAUUUGAAGUAAUUUGAAACAAGUUUGAGAGGUAAUGAGAUGGUGACAACAUAUUGGUGGUCGUCAGAUCCUAAUGCAUAGCGUUAUUUAGGAGCUGAUUUUAAUAAGAUUUAAAUAAUACAUUCCUGUUAUAUCAUGUAUAAAAUAUUAUACAGAACAGCAUGAACUGUUAAUUUCUGUUAUUAUGAUUUUGUUAUGUUUACAUUAUUUAUCAGCAUGGAAUGUUUGUUAUGAAUUUAAAAAAAAAUUUUUUUUAAUGCAGCCAAGCUGUGGAAUUCAAUUUGGUAGCCACUUUAUUUUUUUAUAUCAUUAUAUAUAAUAAUAAUUAUUUAAAGAUUUAUAAUUUUGUUUUACUGUUCCAUAUUUUAGAGAAAAAAACAUUGUUUUUUACUGAUGUUUUAUGCAUAUGAGGUUUAUAAAUUAUUUAUUUUAUAGUUUAUUCAGUUUGGUAUUUUAUUUGUUGCUAAUAGUAUAGGUGAAUAUUUUGUGUCAUUUUAAACCUGUUUCCAUUUUUCCAUAUAUUAGUAAUGGAAAGCUUACUAAUAGAAAAUUACAUUUUGUAACUUUACAUUACGAUAUUCAUAUUAUCAUCUUAGUGCAGUAAAAUGUUAAGUCCUUCUAAAUUAAAUAGGAGUUAACCAGUUAUUGCUCUAAAGUGACAAUAUCAGAGAGUAAUGAAGGUGACUUUUGAUGGCACUGAUUAGCAGCCAUAGUAUUAUUUAGUUAAACAAUUCUUAUGAAUGUAUCAAAUAUUUGUUAUUAGUCAAGAUCACAAGUAACUAAUUUUCAUUCUCAUAGUCUUGUGAUGUAUGUAUCAUUUAUCUAAACACUGGAUCUUUAUCUAACUUGAUUCAACUGUACGUGCAAAGAUCUCAGUGGCAAUACUCAAUUCUAAAUGGGAACAAGGCACUAGACCCCUCAAAUUUUGAAGACAUUUCUCUCUUCAAGACACUUCACUCAUUCACUUCUUACAGCUUUUUUUUCAGAGUUAAUGUUUCAACAACAAAAUUAGUGAAAGUUUUAUAUGAUCAUUUUCUUUAUUUUUUAUUAACCAGAAAUCCAAAAGUGUGGUAUCUUAAUAAUAUUUUAAUUAUCGAGGAGUGAAUUGCCUGCAAGAAAUGGCUUGGGUUGAACUGUGGAGAGGAGAGGGGUUCAGGUAUUUGUUAAUCGCUGUUGUUAGUCCAUGAAACUUAGAUAAUCAAAUUUCAACAAUAUUUCAAAUUAGCAAUGGCAAGAGUGGCUGAAUCUUUAGAAGAUAUGGUACAAAGGAGGGGAAAUAAUUACUUUGAACCUCCUGUACAAAACUUACAGGGGCACAACUCUUACAUAAAGAAAGAUUGUGAAUAAACACAUUUAUCUCCCUUUGUCAAAUCUUGUAUAAUACAUGUAUAUUGUGAUUAAUUUUGUGACGAUUUUCUGAUGUCUGAAGUAACUACAAAUGUAUUUAAACAUAGGAUAUUAUUUGUCAAGUAUGAUUUUCAUUCAUUGGUAAAAGAAGUUGUUUUCUUUUGUUGCCAUUUAUUGUGCCCCCACUUUAGUGGCGUGCAUUUAGAUUUAGCCUUGUCCAUCCAUCCGUCCGUCCGUUCUUUUUGUGUUGCACGUAACUCAAAAAGUAUUUGACCUAGAGUCAUGAAACUUUACAGGAAUGUUGAUCAGCAUGUGUAGUUGUGCACCUGGGUAUUUUCGUCUGGAUAUUUUUAGUAUUUUCAGAGUUAUUGCCCUUGACUUAGUAAAAUUUUGCAAUUUUCAACUUGUGUCGCACGUAACUCAAAAAGUAUUUGACCUAGAGUCAUGAAACUUUACAGGAAUGCUGAUCAGCAUGUGAAGUUGUGCACCUGGGUAUUUUAGUCUGGAUAUUUUUAGUAUUUUUAGAGUUAUUGCCCUUGACUUAGUAAAAUUUUGCAAUUUUCAACUUGUGUCGCAUGUAACUCAA